AUGGACAAGAGGGUUGUGGAAAACAAAGCCCACCUUGUCGGCCCGAUCAUCCGGCACCGAAUACAAGAUUCCUUAUUCUACAAAGAAAAGCUCCACCUCACCAAUGAGCUGUCAAUUGUGCCCAUCAUAGUGAGUCAGGUACAAUUCAUAGCAGGAACCGACCAGACAGGCCGUCCAAGUCCAUUCAUUUGCUGCCUUCUACGACUUCUCGAGCUUGAGCCUUCACCAGCAAUUAUCAGGAUCUUGCUCAAACAAAACGGCUACAAUGAAUUCAAAUACCUUACUGCUCUAGCACUACUAUACUGCCGGUUGGUGUACGAUGCCAGAGAGAUGUACGCCUUGUACGACGAGUUUAUAGGCGACUACAGGAAGUUGAGGAUUCAGCUCAAGACACCUAAGUUCGAGAACAGCCUACCGGUGCAUUACGAUUUGAUUCACAUGGACGAAUGGGUGGAUUCGUUGGUUGUGGAGGAGAGAGUUGUGGAUCUCACGUUGCCAUACAUUGCACCGAGAAGUCUCUAUGUGGAAAGAGGCGAGGCAGAUGUGAGGGUGUAUGGGGGAGAAAGUGAAGAGGAGAGCUACGAGAGUGAUUCUGAUUAG